AGCUUGGCAGGCGCGUCACCCGGCGCGUUCCCAAACGCGCUUCGACUACUGAAAAAUGUACAGGCCAGCAUCAUAAAGCUGCAUCUUCUUGGUCCAAGAAGACGAAAAAUAUGGCGUUCAAGAGAGCGUCAAAGCGUGCUGCAUCGGAGGCUUCAGACUCACCUGAGCCGAAGACGAAGAAGGCGAAGGGCAGUGCGAAAGCUGGACCUCAUGGUUCGAAGCUGGAUAGCAAGGGCGAGCCUUAUUUCGAGCUGGCAAAAAUGCGUCGUGUCACAGUGUCAGAGUUUAAAGGCAAGGCGCUAGUGAACAUCCGUGAAUACUGGGAGAAGGAUGGUGAUCUACUUCCUGGCAAAAAGGGUAUCAGUCUGACCAUCGAACAAUACACGGCACUAUUAGAAAGUAUCCCAGGCAUUGAAGCACUUUUGAAGAAGCAAGGGGAGGACGUCCCCAGAGUCUCGUACGAUGAACCUGCUACUUCCAAGGCAGAUGAUGCGGAGGACGAGAAGGACAAGGAAGAAAGCCCUAAGCCAAGCAAGAGCAACAUUGAAGCUACGAGUGAUGAGGAUGAGGGGUGAUCGACAAUGUCCUCAUACAUAUAUCAACUUCUUGACCAAGAUGUGAGUUCAACGAGACUCACUGCGAUCUGAAACGGCCUGGAUAUGGUAAACAUGGCGUUAGGCGAACGGCCGAAUCACGAACACGGCUACUUUUUUGGCGUUGCUCAAUUAUGUGUAAGUCAUGCGGUGACCUGAUACACCGGAUGUAAACACCUCCUUGUAUGUACAAGUACAAGUUUGUCUACUUCUUACACUGUCAAAUAUCUCAAUGUAAGACUUAUCUAUUGCC